AUGGGGGACCUACUUAUGCUCAGAGUGGCUGUGGGCAUAUGCUAUGUAACCUUCAGUGCCUCUGCUUGGUCAGUGAACAAUUUCCUGAUAACAGGGCCCAAGGCCUAUCUGACCUACACCACCAGUGUGGCCCUGGGCGCCCAGAGUGGCAUCGAGGAGUGUAAAUUCCAAUUUGCUUGGGAACGUUGGAACUGCCCUGAAAAUGCUCUCCAGCUCUCCACUCACAACAGGCUAAGAAGUGCUACCAGGGAGACUUCUUUCAUUCACGCUAUCAGCUCUGCUGGAGUCAUGUACACCAUUACCAAGAACUGUAGCAUGGGUGACUUUGAAAACUGUGGCUGUGAUGAGUCAAAAAAUGGUAAAACAGGAGGCCAUGGCUGGAUCUGGGGAGGUUGUAGUGACAAUGUUGAAUUUGGGGAAAGAAUCUCCAAACUCUUUGUGGACAGCCUGGAGAAAGGGAAGGAUGCCAGAGCCCUGAUGAAUCUUCAUAACAACAGAGCAGGCAGGCUGGCAGUGAGAGCCACCAUGAAGAGAACUUGCAAAUGUCAUGGCAUCUCGGGCAGCUGUAGCAUCCAGACAUGCUGGCUACAGCUAGCUAACUUCAGGGAGCUGGGUAACUACCUAAAGGCCAAGUACGAACGGGCACUGAAAAUUGAGAUGGAUAAACGGCAGCUAAGGGCUGGGAACAGUGCCGAGGGCCACUGGAUACCCACUGAAGCCUUCCUUCCUAGUGCAGAAGCUGAGCUGAUCUUUUUAGAGGAAUCACCUGAUUACUGUACCCGCAAUUCCAGCUUGGGCAUCUAUGGCACAGAAGGUCGGGAGUGUCUGCAGAACAGCCCCAACACAUCCAGAUGGGAGCAACGCAGCUGUGGGCGCUUGUGCACAGAAUGCGGCCUGCAGGUGGGAGAGAGAAGAACUGAGGCUAUCAGCAGCUGUAACUGCAAAUUCCAGUGGUGCUGCACUGUCAAAUGUGACCAGUGUAGGCAUGUGGUGAGCAAGUACUACUGCACGCGCUCCCCAGGCAGUGUUUGGUCCUGGGGCAAGGGCAGCGCCUGA